AAAAGCUUUUUUGUCCAGGAGCACCGAUGCUGCAACGACGAGCAGGGGCUAUUGCGCGUGAUCUUACCCGCACGUCUUCUCCGCGAAGCUACUCACAAAUUAUACCGCAAUAUCAUCCAAAAGUCAGAGCUAUUCCAUUCGCGUUUUCAAAGGAGGCUGCUAUCAGACACGUUGGUGUAGCUGCUUCCGCAGGUUGCUUCUUCCGCGAUUUCGUUGGGUCGCUCGGUGCAAAGUAUAUAGGUGGAAACUUUCAGCCAAUUCAACCCAUCCGCAUCCAACCUGUCUAUUUUCCUGCUUGGUUCUUGGAUGCAGAAGUCGAGUCAUACUUGACUGAUGAAGAUGAUGAACGGCAGCGAAUCGUGACCGCGUAUUUCAACGACUGUUACUUACCAGGCGCUACAUUUGGCCUACUUGGGAGGCUUGCUCUCCGAAAUGACCAAGUAGAACCUGCCUUGGCCGUUCCAUUUUCUCAGAGCCUCACACAUCAACACGGUUCUGAUGUUAUAUGCAUGCCUUACACUAUCAGUCCACUCGACGUUAUUAGCAGUACACGGUCCUCGUCCUUCACUCAUGCUACUAGUGAUGAAGAUGCGCGUUUUGAGCCACGCUUCAUAAAAACCAAUAUAGAAGCUGCCUACCCAGUCCUAAUACCGCUUUAUCUGGUUCAAUUUCCAAUGGUCCAACCAUUUGAGUCCACGUUCGUCAUAGAAGCACACAGUCGACCCGGUCGGUUUUUCAUUCAAGUUUCCAAUGCUCCCGAACUACCAGAAGAACAACGAUUUGACUUGGAAAAAUAUAUUGGUUAUGACUACUUGUUUUUAGGCGAUACUCCAUCAUCUCAUGCGCAGACUCGCGUCUUCGCUCCAAAGUAUGACAGAAACGCAUCUGAAAAUGUUGCAUCGUGGUUCGACGGGCUAUUUAGCGAGCCUGGUGGUGCAGAGAAGCUGAUACACCCGAAGGGAGCAGUAGGUGUUAACGUGCAUAUGGAUGACCCCAGGGUACGCGAGUGGACUCCUGAAGAGGUCAACUCGAUUCGGGAGUGGAUGAAUCAGGGGCAAGCUAUUGUCCAAUUGAAAGAUGUGGUCAAGAAUCUUACUUCUAUUGAGAACCAGAUGCAAAGUGGGUCUGUGAAGGUGAUUCAAUGGCCGUCUUCAGAUCCCAAGCAGGGAUCACAAAAUGCCCCUGCUUUCUUGGAGGCUUUCAUCAAGGCGGAGCUCGACAAGCUCCAAAAGCUGGAGAAGUCCCGUGCCGACACAGCGCCGGAGUGGUGGCGACGAAGAGAAGAGAAACAAACGCUAAAGAAGUGAACAUAGUACUCCAGUAUUUUGUUGAUAUUCACCCUCAGCGUAUCAGUUUUUGAAUCUUCAUGGAAUCGUGGAUUACGGAGAAGCCAGGGCCCCAAGCACUCGCGCAGGAAUCGCGCUAGACCUCGCCUAUACACUAUUUGCCAAUGAAUCUGCUUAUUUUACUAUCA